AUGCCGCUCCACACCAACUACAAGAUCCUUAGGAUAUCAUUUUUGUCCCUCUUGAGCGCCGCAAAAGCAGGAAAUAUCAUCGACGCCCCGGUCAAGACCGAAGCUAUUAACACCGGCAAUAUGUACGGACAAGAACAGCACCAGAUCAAAGGUCGGGGAAUCAUACAGUCCCAGGAACAGGAAACAGGGAAACAGUAUAAACCAGAACAAGAUUCGGCGAGAAACGAAAAGGGUCAGACUAGAGCCUGGGGUAUGAAGAGAAAUGGACAAAACAUAAACAAAGGACAUGAGACCCAAAAGAAGACGGAGUAG